UGGUGCAAGCGGCGAAUAGGAGCAACGCGCAUCCGUGUCGGGUUCGUUGUGUACACGCGCGUACGAGUGCCUCGCCGUUCAAGUCAGCGUCGCGUGUUUCUGGACUGGAGAAAGGCGUCAGAAGCGGGGCGGAUCAGUCCUUCGGGACUCCAGUCAUGAGUUCCUUGAGCCGGCAUCAGCAGCCACUCCCGGCAGCGGGGGCGCAGCGCCUCUCUGUCCGAGCGGCCGCAGCCCCGAUCCGACAGAAGCUGCUCUUCGCGGGCGGCGGGAGCGACUGCGAGGAAGAUGAGGACGAGGAGGAGGAGGAGGAGGAAGGCGGCGGCAGCGGCAACAGCACUGGGGAAGACUCGGCUUUCCAGGAGGCGGACUCGCCCCUCUCGGUCAGCCGCACUCCGGCCCGAGGGGAGCCUCCCCCGUCGAGGUCGCCCGAGGAGGAGGUGAUGGAGCUGGCGCCGCCUGCCAUGCCUGGCGACGAGGGCGACUCCUGGGAGGAAGAGGGCUUCGGGUCCUCAUCUCCGGUGAAAUCCCCCGGUGCCUACUUCAGGGCCGGCUCGCCCCCUCUGAAGGGCCCCCGCCGUUACUGCUCCCAGCCGGCGGCCUCGCCACCGCGGCCCGACUUCAGCUGCUGCCAGGGCCUCCGGGAUCCCGGCUCUCCGCUGCCCGAGUACCCGGGGACUCCGCCGCACAAGACCUUCCGAAAACUGCGCCUCUUCGACACUCCGCACACGCCGAAGAGUCUACUAUGUAGAGCUCAAGGAAUGGGCUCAAGUUCAGCUAAACUUCGGGGUGGCUCUCUCUUUGUGAAUGUUGGAAAACUAGAAAAACAGGAGGUGGACAUGCGACAGGCACCUCAUGUGAACAUUAAUCCCUUCACUCCAGACUCUCUCUUCCUUCAGUCUUCAGUUGGACAGUGUCGCAGGAGAAAAAGAACACAUUGGAAUGACUCUUGUGGUGAAGACAUGGAAGCAAGUGAUGGAGAGCUUGAGGAUGAAACUGUCAGACCCGCCAAGCGAAUCAGCAUAACAGAAAGUAAUAUGAAAUCACGAUAUGCAACAGAAUUUCAUGAACUGGAGAAAAUUGGAUCUGGAGAAUUUGGUUCAGUAUUCAAAUGUGUGAAAAGGCUUGAUGGCUGCAUUUAUGCCAUAAAACGAUCUAAGAAACCCUUAGCUGGCUCUAUUGAUGAGCAAAAUGCUCUCAGAGAGGUCUAUGCCCAUGCAGUCUUGGGUCAACAUUCACAUGUAGUCAGAUACUACUCAGCCUGGGCAGAAGAUGACCAUAUGCUUAUACAAAAUGAGUAUUGUAAUGGUGGCAGUUUAGCAGAUGCCAUAAGUGAAAAUUAUAGAAAUAUGCGCUACUUCAGCGAACCAGAACUAAAAGAUCUGCUACUACAAGUCGCUCGUGGCUUAAAGUAUAUCCAUUCAAUGUCACUGGUACACAUGGAUAUAAAGCCCAGUAAUAUUUUCAUAUCUAGGACAUCAGUUCCAGCUACUAUACCAGAAGAAGGUGAUGAUGAUGAAUGGUCGUCUAGCAACGUUGUAUUUAAAAUAGGCGACCUUGGUCAUGUGACUAGAAUAUCCAGUCCACAAGUAGAAGAAGGAGAUAGUCGUUUCCUUGCUAAUGAAGUUUUACAAGAGAACUAUAAUCACUUGCCAAAAGCGGAUAUUUUUGCUCUUGCACUAACCGUAGUGUGUGCCGCUGGUGCUGAACCACUGCCAGCCAAUGGGGAUCAGUGGCAUGAAAUUCGACAAGGAAAAAUGCCAAGAAUUCCACAAGUUGUUUCUCAAGAGUUAUUAGACUUACUAAAAGCUAUGAUAAACUCUGAUCCAGAGAAAAGACCGUCAGCAGUUGCCUUGGUCAAGCAUUCUGCACUGUUAUCUACUGCCAGAAAGAGUGCUGAACAGCUACGAAUAGAACUGAAUGCUGAAAAGUUCAAAAAUUCAUUAUUACAAAAAGAGCUGAAGAAAGCACAAAUGGCAAAGGCAGCAGCUGAAGAGCGAGCACAGUUUACAGAUCGAAUGACAACUAGAUCUACGACACAGAACAGAACAAGUCGUCUUACUGGAAAGAAAAUGAACCGUUCAGUUAGCCUUACCAUAUACUGACUUGACAUUCCAUAAAACUGUUUAAAAAAGACUAUGGAAUAUUUCUUUGCUAAAGUGGGGCGAAAGAGAGAAUUCUGUUUUUAAUUUCCUUUUUAAUCACUGUCAAUAGUUUUUAUUAAGCCCAUGUUAUUUUAAUUUUGCCAAAUACAGUUAAAUGUGUUUUCCCCAAAGAAUCUGGAGUUUAACUUGUACGCCUUUCAGCAACACUGUAUAUUACACCAUUCAAAUUUAACCACUAUAGUGGUGUGCUGCUUUUUAGUUCUAAUAGGAUGAAAGGCAUUUUUCUAGUUGUCUAAAAGGGCUUUGUUUGUAAAUUGUUCAUUUGGAAUGGAGGGAAUAAAUGUGGGAAGAUCCUAAAGGUCAGCAGGCCAAACAUACCUGGUAUCAGGUAAACAUUUUUUAUUGUGAAUUUUAUUCGUGUAUUCAACUGGGAGCACUUUGUUAGGCAUUGCUUAGACCACAGGGAAUAAGCCUGUGGAAACAUGCCAUGUGAAACUGCUGCUAUUUUUAGUUCUUGCUGUAAACCUGUAGCAUUAAAACAAUCAUUGUUAGUAGACUUUUGUUUAAAAAAACAAUUAUGUGAACUAUAUUAAAGCUGCUUAGGUAAAAGCAGCAUCUAUCUCUCAAGCUAGUGUGUUGUGUACAGUUGGUGCACCAUUCUAUAUUUGAAUUACAUAUUCGUGUAAAUGUCUUUUAUAAAUCUUUCUAAUAACGUUCUCAGAGUUUGGUCCUUCCUCCACUGUUAAUAUUUCACUGUUUGCAUAUUUUUGAAUACUUGUAUGUAAAUGUCACUGUACUAUUUGUGUUUUGCUGUUUUUUGAAAUGAAUGUAUAUAACUGUUCUUAUUGUGUACUAUAUUGAAUGCUACAGAAAAUCCAAUUCAAAUUUAUUCCAAUUUUAGUUGUGGAAGUAAUAUAAUUGGUCUUAAUUUUGUUGAUAUUGCUGAAAUAAGUGCUAUCCUA